AUGGAGUUCUGGCCGGAGUUCCUGGCGACCAGCGGCGGGAGCGAGUUCGUGGCCGGCGGUGUGGGCGGCAUGGCGGGCGUGCUGGCGGGCCACCCGCUAGACACGCUCCGCAUCCGCCUGCAGCAGCCGCCGCCUCCGCCCGCCGCGGGCCUCGCCCACACGCCGCAGCCCUCCGCCGCGCGCCUCCUCCGCGGCAUCCUCCGCGCCGAGGGCCCCUCCGCGCUCUACCGCGGCAUGGCCGCGCCCCUCGCUUCCGUCGCCUUCCAGUUGGCGAUCUGGGCACAACAUCUUUGGACGGAAUGCUGCACGCAAUGGUCCUCUCACUCACAUGAACGCGAUGGUGUUCCAGGUGUACGCGAUCCUGUCGCGGUCGCUGGACCCGGAGAGGUCGGCCACCUCGGAGCCGCCCUCCUACGCGAGCGUGGCGCUGGCCGGCGUCGGCACGGGGCGCUGCAGACGCUGAUCCUGUCCCCGGUCGAGCUCGUCAAGAUCCGGCUGCAGCUGGAGGCGGCGGGGCACAAGCACGGCCGCCACCGCCGCGGCCCCGUGGAGAUAGCACGGGACAUCCUCCGGCGGGAGGGUCUCCGUGGCGUGUACCGCGGGCUCACGGUGACCGCGCUCCGCGACGCGCCGGCGCACGGCGUCUACUUCUGGACGUACGAGCGCGCCCGGGAGCGGCUGCACCCGGGGUGCCGCCGGCAGGACGGGGACGAGGACGAGGGCCUGGGCACCAUGCUCGUGUCCGGCGGCCUGGCGGGCGUCGCUAGCUGGGUCUGCUGCUACCCGCUGGACGUGGUCAAGUCCCGGCUGCAGGCGCAGGGCGCGGGGUCGGCGCCCAGGUACCGCGGCGUCGUCGACUGCUUCCGGAGGAGCGUCCGGGAGGAGGGCCUACCCGUGCUGUGGCGCGGCCUCGGCACCGCCGUCGCCCGCGCGUUCGUCGUCAACGGCGCUAUCUUCUCCGCCUACGAGCUGGCUCUGCGGUUUUUGGCCAGCGGCAGUGGCCCCAGGCUGGUCAUGGAAGAGAACUGA